AUGUUGGCAGGUAAAAAAUGGAAAGCGUUAACUCCGACUGAUAGAAGACCCUACGUCGAAGAAGCCGAAAGAUUGAGGGUCAUACACAUGCAAGAACAUCCCAAUUACAAAUACCGUCCGAGAAGGAGAAAGCAUAAUAAAAGAGGUGGUGGCGGAGGUGGCGGCGUCGGAGGAGGAGGAGUAGGAGGUGGUGGUGCGAGUCCUCCGGGACUCAGCAGUCCCUCGUCGACGAGCGCAUCGGGAGGACGUAGACCGUCGUCGACUCCGGGACCUUAUCCGGGAUCUCCGUCGAAUAAAUACCAGUAUAGUUAUUCUAUGCCGCAAAAUAGUUUCAUUCAUCAAGUCGCUUCACCCAUGCAAAGCCCUUAUUACUAUAGUAAAUCUCCGAGCACGUUCGGUUCCCCGUAUAGCACGACUCCGAUACUUCACACUCCCGAAGCAUCCCCUCCGAGCACGCCGGAAAUGAAAAACGACACGGUCCAACAACCGCAAAGCAGUUUAGAUUCGACUCAUUCCGAAGAUCACUCCAAACAGGGAGGAGGGAAAAUGGAUGGAGUUGAAAAAAAUUCAUCUUUGCCGACUCCGGAAAUGUCUCCGAUGGAACAGGAAAAAGACUCGCACGACAAGAAAAAAAAUUACAACAGUUACGAGGCUCAUAGUCAAGAUUUCCGGUUCAAUAGAUUUCAACAAACGCAUAAUUCUUACGGUCCUUCGUCGAAUUUGGGUGUCGGUCAUCAUGGUGUGACGGGCGGCGUCACGCAAACUCCGAUAGCUGCCAUGAGUCUCACGAACGGAGUCGUUAUGAUGUGCAGUAAUCAAAGAACGUACGAACACACAGGGAUCGUGACAGGAACGUAUUUCCCACCAGUUGCGACGGCUCAAGAAAGUCACGUGUUAUCCGCGAACGCUUCGACUCACAUGUACCCACCGACAACUUCGAGCAUAACUCAAUCAUCAUCAACAUCUCCGUACAUAAGCGAAACGUACGGUAAUCCUUCACACUACCACAACAUCCUAAGGCAAGACCAUUAUACCGGUGAGUGA